GUAACGGUAGUGGCCUAGAUAGGGAUUUGUUCUUGUGACGAAAGUGCAGUAGUGGGCGGGAUGACCAAGAUGGCGUGCGUGUUGGAGCCUCCGCUCCGGAUGAGCGUCUUAUCUGAGGUUACUGCGAGCAGUCGUCAUUAUGUUGACCGCCUUUUUGAUCCAGAUCCGCAGAAAGUCUUACAGGGAGUCAUAGAUAUGAAAAAUGCAGUUAUUGGAAACAAUAAACAGAAGGCAAACCUUAUUGUUUUGGGUGCUGUGCCAAGAUUAUUGUAUUUGCUUCAGCAAGAGACUUCAAGCACAGAGCUGAAGACUGAAUGUGCAGUGGUUCUAGGCAGCCUGUCGAUGGGCACAGAAAACAAUGUUAAAUCCCUGCUGGAUUGUCACAUUAUUCCAGCCCUGCUGCAAGAUCUGCUGUCAUCAGACCUACAAUUUAUUGAAGCCUGUCUUCGAUGUCUCCGUACAGUUUUCACCAGUUCAGUGACUCCAGUGGAACUUUUAUACACUGAUGCAUCGGUUAUUCCACACCUCAUGUUGUUGCUUAGCAGAUCAAUAUAUGCCCAGGAGUAUAUAUGUCAGAUUUUUGCUCACUGCUGUAAGGGUCCAGACCAUCAGACAAUAUUGUUUAAUCAUGGUGUGGUCCAGAAUAUUGCUCAUUUGUUAACAUCGGUUUCCUACAAAGUUCGUAUGCAAGCAUUAAAGUGCUUUUCAGUCCUAGCCUUUGACAAUCCCCAGGUGUCUAUGACCCUUGCAAAUGUGCUGGUUGAUGGAGAAUUGUUGCCACAAAUCUUUGUGAAAAUGCUUCAAAGAGAUAAACCUAUUGAAAUGCAACUGACUGCUGCUAAAUGUCUAACAUACAUGUGUCGAGCAGGAUCUAUUAGAACUGAUGAUAACUGCAUUGUGUUAAAAACCCUUCCCUGCCUGGUACGUAUGUGCAGCAAAGAGCGUCUGCUAGAGGUGCGGGUGGAAGGCGCUGAAACCCUUGCUUACCUGAUUGAACCAGAUGUUGAACUUCAGAGAAUUGCCAGUAUCACAGAUCAUCUGAUCUCCAUGCUUGCUGACUACUUCAAGUAUCCCAGCUCAGUCAGUGCCAUCACAGAUAUCAAGAGGCUUGACCAUGAUUUAAAACAUGCCCAUGAACUUCGCCAGGCGGCCUUCAAGCUUUAUGCCUCUUUGGGAGCCAAUGACGAAGACAUCCGGAAGAAGGUGAGUCUGGGAGAGGGGCGCCCUCCAGUCCUGUCCGCCAGCAGACAGGGUGUGACACCCACCUGAAAAAAUCUCAAGGAAGACCAUAAACUGACUGCCUUGUUUAAAGCCAAAAGCAGAGACUGAAAGGGUUAAUGGAAGAUUGAAUGAAUGGUGCUAUGCCUUUGGCCUUUUUGCCAUUAGAAAGUAGCAUAGGAUGGCGUAAAGAGGAUGUCCAACAAAUUGCAUUCAUUUUUGUGCUUAUCUCUAACCUUGCACUUUCCAUAUGCAUGAGUUUAAUUCCAGUCUUUUAGUCAGGAGUCCAGUAUCUGAAUAUCAAAAGCCUCUAUUUCUGUAACUGUCCAAAGCAGCUGCUAUCCUGAGUGCAAAUAUCCCUAAAAAAUUACCCUUUUCUUUAAGCCUGAUGACGAGCAUAAACUAGUCCCAGUUAAUUGUAGCUUCAAUAUCUUAAAUUACUCUAAUGCCUUUAGUACCCUUUCAAUAGCACUGCUUUCCACAUAAUUAUUUUAUGGGUCAAGCAUUUAUUUUCGUGUAUUUCUAUAGCUGUAAAAUUUCGAAAGCUUGUACUAAAGAAAAAUUGCAAAAACAUAGUCUUUUGAGCAUUCACAAUAACCGCAAUGCAGUUUCUUAAAAUGUUAGGUGUUAGAUCUGAUUGCAGCUUUCCAGAUUCUGUCGUGCUUAAGUGCAUGCCAGCCCAUCAUGGGAGAGAUAUAAUAGCCAGAAUAUACUGUAUUUAUAAAACAUUGCAUGGGUUGAUGUAAUCCUGACUCCUGAAAUCUGCUUGUCUGUGCCAUUUGCAUCAGCCUUUAAAUAGUGGGAUUUAGUUACACUAACAAUAUAAUCUCAAAGAAUAAAGUAUGAGCCACUUUGGACAGUAGAAAUAUUUUUUGUCGGUUCUUCCUGUUGGAACAGCAUAUGUUGAAUAUGUAUUGUAUUUUCAGUGCUAGAUGAAUCUACAAUACAUUUAAAGUUACAUUUUAACACUGUGCUGAAUCAUGUAUGGCUUUGUACCAUUUGGCCAGUGCUGUUAAUAAGACAUUUCUGCUAUUGCUGUCCUUGGGAAUUGCGCCAUGCAUCAUGUGACUUAUAAACUGCACAAAUUCGUUUGCUUCCGGGCUGGUCUGGAGUGUUGCUUUUGUAUAAUGAUUUAUUAAUAUAGUUUUUUCAUUUCUUGUGCAAAUAAAGCCUUAUUGUUAACAAUG